UUCACCCGAGUGAACACCGCUCCUGCUCAAGUCCUCAGGAUUCCUCAACUCAAUGCGACUCACUGCUUCUCCGCACGAAUUGUCGGCUCUGUUCUCCGAAGUCAUUGGCUGUUUGGAAGCGAACCGAGCCCGGAGCACUUUCUGACAGGUGUUGCGGUUAUACCCAGGACUCAGAGGAGACUCGGAACUGAAAUCAUGUCCAGCGGGAAAGAUGCACCUGUUAGCGCAAACUCCACACAGACGUCCUUAAAGGCAUGUCUUGAAGAGUGUAUGGAGGCCUUGGAUCUGUUCCUCAACAACCACUUCAGCGAGAGUCUAGACAAACUGCAGCCAAGAUGUAAAGAGAGUAUGUAUCACGCUCUGAUCUACGCUACAGUAUUAGAGAUGCAGGCUAUGAUGACCUUCCAACAUGAUGACAUUGUCAACGCAGGAAACACAAUGAAGAGUGCUCAAGAAGUUUGCCAGAGGUUUCGUAAGAGGUCUGGCAGUCUGGCAGCCAGAGCAGCAGGAGAUGUGCUGUCUGAAGAGGAGCUCCAUGCUGAGGCGUGUUAUGCCGAAUGCUUGCUGCAAAGAGCUGCUCUCACAUUUUUACAGGAUGAGAACAUGGUGAGUUUCAUUAAAGGAGGAAUCAAAGUACGCAAUAGCUACCUCAUAUACAAGGAGCUCCACUCCUUUAUUGAGUCACAUAGCUCCUUCAAAGGGCCAAAUCACAAGCACCUGGAGGGAGGGGUGGCAUUUGGAAUCGGUGCGUUCAACUUGACACUUUCCUUGUUCCCUGCGCGGAUUCUCAAGGUUUUGGAGUUUGCUGGAUUUUCUGGGGAUAAGGAAUAUGGGCUUUCCAAGCUGUAUGAAGGGGCCACCUCCCAUAACCUGCGUUCAAUGCUGUGUGCCCUGCUGCUGCUCUGCUACUACACCUUCCUCUCAUUUAUUUUAGGGACAGGCGAGGGAGAUGUGGCUGAUGCUGAGAAGCUGCUAAAGCCAUUUCGGCUACGAUAUCCACAUGGGGCGAUUUUUCUUUUCUUUGCGGGCAGAGUGGAGGAAAUAAAAGGCAACAUUGAUGAGGCAGUAUUGCUGUUUGAGGAUGGUUGCAAAGCACAGCAGGCCUGGAAGCAGUUUCACCACAUGUGCUACUGGGAACUGAUGUGGUGCUUCACUUACAAGAGGCACUGGAAGAUGGCCUACUUCUACGCCGACCUGCUCAGCCAGGAAAGCCGCUGGUCCAAGGCUAUGUAUGUGUACAUGAAGGCUGCUUGUCUCAGUAUGCUGCCAGAAGGGGCAGCUCGGCCAUUUGGCGAGAACGAGAUUGAGCUCUUCAGGCAGGUCCCAACCUUCAAACAGAAGAUAGCAGGGAAGUCUCCUCCUACAGAGAAGUUUGCGAUCCGCAAAGCCCGACGCUACAGAGCCAGCACCCCCAUACCGCUCCGAGUUCCUGUGCUUGAGAUGAUGUACAUGUGGAAUGGCUUCUCCAUGAUAAGCAAGCAGCCGGAGCUCACAGCAGGCAUACUGGAAACUCUGCUGGAGGCAGAGCAAACCCUGCAGGCUGCUCCCGAGAAUGACUACACUGUGGAUGACAGCUGCCUGAUUUUGCUGCUGAAGGGACUGUGUCUGAAGAACCAAAACCGACUGCACGCUGCUGAAGAUUGUUUUAACAAAGUUUACAGCAGUGAGAAGAAGCUGAAGUAUGACCACUACCUGAUUCCUAACACCCUGCUGGAGCUGGGCCUGCUCUACACUGAUACAGGAAGGAGGGAUCAAGCCAUCAGACUCCUGCAGAAAGCCAAAAAUAACUACAAAGAAUACUCAAUGGAGUCCCGCACUCAGUUCAGGAUCCACGCAGCUCUGUCUAAACUGAAGGCCGACGUGAGUGACCAGGACGAGAUCACAGCCCUGUAACUACUACAGGCUGAAGUGGCAUGAUGAGGACUGACUCUUUUAGUGAACUACGAUACCAAAGAGACACGGUCAUCCUCACUCUCUAAUUCCAUCCAGUGGAAGGUUAAAUAUAAAGGACCCAACUCACACAAUCUUGUGGACAUCUUAGGAACACUUAAAACACUUAAUUCGUAGCCAAUUUACAUGAUAUGUGUAUUUGAGGAUAAAUAGGUUGGAUAUAAGUAAUAGACAGUUUAUUUGUGGGUGAGAUUUCCAAAUAUUUCCACAUGAAAAGAGUAUUAUAUAGUAAUAAAGCUACCUUGAGCUACAGCAGCACUUUUGGGAAGGAAAUAUUUCUCAGGAUUUCCCCAUUCUUUUUGAUUUGUUGAAGAUGAUUAGGUAUGCCAUCUGUGGUACACUAUGAAAGCAUUGAAAGGUGGAGUUUUUCUCUAGGAAAUGAGAUGAAGCAGUUAUUCUUCAGUUACAAAAACACAAUGUACAAUCUUCCAAGUUAAAGAUAUACUAAUUAAA